AGGGGCUGGGCUGGGCUGCGCGAGGCCGCCGGGUUGGGGCCAUGGAGGCGGCGCGGACGCUGUUUGCUUGGGGUGCAAACAGCUAUGGGCAGCUCGGCCUUGGUCAUAAAGAGGAUGUGCUGUUGCCUCAGUCUCUGAACGAUUUUUCCUGCAAACAUCAAAACAUUAAGAGCAUUGCUGGAGGAGGAGGACACUCUGCAGUUAUUACUGGUGCAGGAGAACUCUUUGUAUGUGGCCAAAACAAAGAAGGGCAAUUGGGACUCAAUCACACUGAGGAUGUCCUGUGUUUUACUUCCUGCACUUCACUGUCUAGUGUUUGUGUGAUACAAGUGGCCUGUGGUUGGGAUUUUACAAUCAUACUUACUGGAAAUGGCCAAGUUUUAUCUUGUGGGUCUAACUCUUUUGGACAACUAGGAGUCCCUCAAACUUCAGGAGGAUGUUUGAUCCCACAAAAGAUUGAGUCCCUCACAGAGAAGGCGGUGAAUGUUGCUGCAGGACUCCGACAUGCUCUUGCUGCUACAGAAAGCGGCGUGGUGUUCCAAUGGGGAACAGGCAUGGCUUCUCGGGCAAACCGGGCAAGCCAAGGGAAAAUGAUCCCUUCCUUCUUGACAGCAAAAGAACCUUGUAAAGUAACAGGUCUGGAAGAUGUAAAGGUGAAAAAAGUCACUGCCAGUUCCUACCAUUCAGUGUCACUUACAGAUGAAGGAGAAUUGUGUGUUUGGGGUAGCAACAAACAUGGGCAGCUAGUGAGUAAAGAGACUUUUCUUGUUGAGCCCCAGAAAAUAGAUGCUCAUUAUUUCUCGGGUGAAAAGAUUGGAGCAGUCUGGAGUGGCUGGACACAUGUAGUGGCACAAACAGAAACUGGCAAGGUCUUCACGUGGGGUAGAGCAGACUAUGGGCAACUCGGAAGGAGUGCGGUGGUUCACGAUGGACAAAGACAGGAGGUGCAGAGAUCAUCUGAACAGCAUUUGGAGCAGUUGUCUAAUGUGCCAGUUUCAGUGCCUUGCCUCGCUGGAGCAUCUCAGAUUGCAUGUGGCUCAGAGCAUAAUCUGGCAAUAGUCGGUGGUCACUGUUUCUCCUGGGGAUGGAAUGAACAUGGGAUGUGUGGUGAUGGCACAGAAGCAAAUGUUUAUGCCCCGACGCCAAUCGCAGCUCUUGGUUCUGCAAAACCAUUCUUAAUUGGAUGCGGGGCAGGACACUCUAUGGUUCUUUGUCAGAUUCCAGGUUAGACCUUACACACUGGAAGCCAUAGCCAUGUGAAUUUGGACAUCUUUGCAUAGAGCUCUUCAGAAGCGUUGUGAGAGAAUUAUUUAAUACUAGCAUAACAGCCUGAUGGUACAGAAGAAAAUAAGGGUAAAAAACUCCUUUGUUCUGAACCCAGAAUUUGAAAAAAAUGAACUGAUGUGCUGAGAAAACUGUUUAAUAAAAACAACGUUUAUAAAUAUAUUACUGGAAAUUAUUUCACAGGUUCUUUUCACAGGAGAUGACAUUGUUGUCCAUGGGUAAAAUGAAUAAACGUUUUGCUUUGCUGCUAUAUAAAUGAAGCAAGAAGGAUUUUCUCCCCCAACAUUUACAGUAACAAAACACAAAGUUCUUUUGGAUGAUUUUAGCAGUUGAUAACAGAUUUGUGGCUUUUGCAGAGAAAGUGUUACUCACUGAUGUAAGGGUGAGCUUAGGUGGUGUCUGAAGAAGUAGUGUGAGUCUGUGAGCACACAUAGGGAUUGUUUGGUUGUUUUUUAAAUGGUGAUUAGCAUUUGCAGCUCCCAUUGACUUUUAUUGGAGUUGUGGGUGCCUACUACUCUGGAAAUCAAGCCAUAUUGCAUAGACACCUGAAUUUUUGAUUAUGUUAUUCAAGAAAGCCUUGGCUCCAAGUAUGAAGUAGAUCUAACUUAGAAGGCUGUUGAAGAAAGAGAGGGUGCUUUGAUCCUAAAAUUGACUACAUAUAUAUCUUUAUUACACUAUUAUAAUAGUGUGGUUAUAGUUGAAUUUCUUUCUGCAGUAGAAACCCCAGUUAUUUUGGAUUUAUAAUAGUGAUGAGCCAACCAGUUCAUAUAAAACAAGAACUAGAUGAACCUUCUUCUGAAACUCAAACCAAGCCUGCACUUUUUGAGGUGGGCAAAGUCUGGCAAUGUUCUUUCCUUUUUAAAUGUUCAAACUCCUCCAUCCUUCCUCUGGGUCAGUAAAUGUGAGUUCCAGGCUACCACCUGGGAAGCUAUACUCUCAGUAGCUUCCAUUAGGUUUUGGAAGGGAUCCUGUUUCAGGGCAAAAGCCAACCUCUACUUAAUAGGGUUAAGAAGAAACUCUCUGGGAGCAGGUUAUCCAGAUAUAAAUGCUUGCCGCAGGUUUUGCUGAAUCUUUCUUUUAAGCACUGGGUUCUGGCCACUGUCAGAGACAGGAUUCUGGACUUGAUGGUCCACUGGUCCAAUCCAGUGUGGCACUGGUAACUCCUAUGUUUCCAAUGCUCCUAAAAACAGGGAGUUCUCAAAAUUUCACAAGAGUGUUCUCAUGAGAUCUCCAGCUUAAUAUGAACACCAAAUAGAUCUUGGUUAAAUAUAGAUUAGCUGUGGUUACACUUCCCAGCCCAACAAAACCGCUGAUCCCUUGAAAGUUUAGAACUUGGCCAAAACAACUUGUUCUAGGCUAGUGCUUGGUAUGGAAAGUUUGGGCCUAGCAGUGUUUUUUGUGAGCUGAGGUGGAGGAGAGGGAAUUCCAUUUUUAAAAACCUCCAACUGUUUGUGUUGAGCAGAAUUUAAAAAGCUAAUUUAGUGAACUCUUUUGCACACAAAUACAGUGAGGAACAUUAAAUUGGAUCUUUACCACCCACAGUAGUUAAAUUUACUGUGGUAUUUUAGGUAUUUCACAUUCUAAGUAUCGGGAAUACCACUGUGUGGUAAAUAUUCAUUGUUAAUGAUGCCCACUGUUUCAUUUUUAAAAGCAAGUUUACCAGGGAAUGAGCCUGUCAAACUAAUUGCCUUAUUGAACUAGAAAAAAUAUUUUAAAUGGGUUAUUAGGAAAUUGCACAGGAAAACAUUCUAAUGAUAUCAUAUCAGUUCAGUCCAGUCAUGAAAGAGAGAAUUAGGCAAUACAUAUGGGCUGUAGGGAUGGACUGUCCUUAUAAUGAGAAACCUUUUACCCAAGUACAUACACAAAAGAAGCUCCAAAAAGAGGAUAUGUAUUUACAAAUUUGGUCACCAUGUUUAGCAUACUUUCAAGAGGCAGGCUCCCCAGCCAGCAAGCUGGAAUCUUGAGCCAAGUUCUUUGAAUAUUAACGUGAUCCUGAAUCAUGAAUUUAUGUUGUCUUAUGUUAACAUUUUAUUGUAGCUUUGCCUUAAUGAAAAGUUUCUUUAAAAAAAAUGGUAGCCAGGGCUCAGGAACUAGUUUACAGGUAUUUUUCUUUGCAUUUUCAAUGGGAAAUAAACCUGAAUGUGUGACUGAAUAAAAGUAUGAAGAUGAUAUCCAAUAGGCUAAAGCUAUUUUAAAAAGUGGAGGGACAAUAAAGUGGCCCAGUGCAGCCUAAAAGAAGGGGCAGAAAAGAUCCUUCUGUUUAUGAAAAAUUCACCAUCCAUGUACUUGGAUGUAUUUGCCCAUAAUAAGGUACCAUGUUGGAUGUAUUUACCUAUGGGAAUGUACCUUUUCAACUAUGAGCUUCUGCGCUACUUCUUACUGCCUAGACUGUUCUUCAUUGGGUCUGCUCCUUACUACUUUCCAGCCCCUUGUCUCUCCAUUAUGCACACUGGGUGAUUUAUCAUGCCUUUUUGCAGAUCCCCUCCUGAAGUUUCCAUCCAUUCCUAUCAGGUGCCACAGACCUCCCAGCUAUGUUAGUUUGCCUCAGCAAUCCCACCCUUCAGGGUAAGUUUGUAAGGGAGAGACCUUACUUGAUCUUCUAACUCAUGUAUAUCCCUUAAAACUGACUGGUCUCUAAGAAGGUCCCAUAUUGUCCACUCAUGUGGGUUAUUAUUUAUGUGUUAGCACUGUGAUUCAGUUAAGAAUUACCCAUACAAAUUCACAAAAGUACAUGUCUUGAACUGUUUAUUAAGUUACAUAGCAUUUGCUCCUUCAACCACAUCAAAUGGAAACACCUCAAAAGGAUUGAAAAAACUCCUUUUAAACAAGUCUCCUCAGAGGUUAAUUUAGACUUUAUUCUAUAAACUAGGUUUGAUGGGGGCAAGUGACAAAAGUCCAUAGAUAAAUUAAAAAACAACAACACAUGGAAACCUUGGAGAAG